AGGAAGGCUAAAUAUACGUCUAUAUGGAUUUCUAUAUAUUUAUGCAAUAAAAGAGUCCAUGAAAUGAACCAUCUUCCUGUUGGUCGACAUAGUUGAAUCUCUAAAAUGGCAUCUUCAUCAAAACCCAUCAUCACGUUGGUCUUCAUCCCCAUACUUGUCUCAUUCUUUGGCACUAUCUCCCAUGGCACUGUCGUUGAAACUGAUAACAUAACCACCACAAACGUUGGUGUAAUCAUCGAUGUUAAUUCUCGUAUCGGCAAAGAACAAAUGACAGCCAUGAAAAUAGCUGUUGAUAACUUCAACAACAAGCUCUCUCUCUAUUUCAGUAGCUCCGGCGGAGACCCCUUGCAAGCAGCUUAUGCUGCUGAUCAACUAAUUAAGGAGAAGCAAGUGCAAGUGAUUAUAGGCAUGGAGACAUGGGCGGAAACAGCUUUAGUAGCCAAAAUCGGAAACCAAGCACAAGUUCCAGUUAUUUCACUUGCAGCUGCAAUUGGAGCUACCAAAACGACUCAAUGGCCUUUCUUGAUACAAAUGGUUACUAACGUUUCUAAUCAGAUGGAUUGUACUGCAGCUCUGGUUCACUCAUUCAAGUGGCAAAGGGUCAUCGUUGUCUAUGAAGAAGACAUGUUUUCCGGUGAUUCCAACAUGCUAGCUAUGUUGUCUGAUGCACUUCACAAUGUUGGCUCAGUUAUUGAGCAUCAUUUAGUCAUUCCACCAUUUCAAUCUCUAUCUCAUCCCCUAGAGUUUGUUCGUGAGGAGCUGAUGAAAUUGAAUAACAUACAACCUAGAGCUUUCAUCGUUCUUCAAUCAUCAUUACAAUUUACUAGUCUUUUGUUUAGUGAGGCAAGGAAGAUGGGAUUCAUAGGAAAAGACUCAGAUUGGGUAAUUACAGACACCAUUGCAAGCUUCUUGGAUUCUGUUAAUACUUCUUUCAUCUCUUCUAUGGAAGGUGUUUUUGGAAUCAAGAUAGACUAUUCGGAAAACACUACUUCAUUUCAAGAUUUCAAAAAACAAUUUCAGCAGAGCUUCCGAUUUGAAUAUCCAGAAGAAGAUAACUCUAACCCUGGGAUUUAUGCCCUGAGAGCAUACGAUAGCAUUGCAACUGUUAUAGUGGCUUUGGAGAGAUUGACUCAUAGCACUAGUAGUACUACUUCAACAAGGUUGUUGGAUACUAUAUUAUCAAGCAAUUUCAGUGGUUUAAGUGGUGAAAUUCAUUUUGAAGAUGAGAGGCUAUCAUACAAACCUAUAUAUGGGGUAAUCAAUGUCUUCAAUCUGACAUACAACAAGCUGGAAUAUUGGUCUCCUGAGUUCGGGUUCUUGAAAAGUCUUGAUGCUGCAAAAAGCGGAAAGAAUGGCUCAAAUGGAAAAGAUGAUUGGAGGAAAAGCUUAGGAAACCUAAAGCGGGUUCCAAAAGGAUGGGCAAUGCCUAGUUUGGAAGAUCCACUGAUAAUCGGAGUACCUGGUAGAGCUGCUUUUGACGCCUUUGUAAAGAUAACGCCAUCAACCAAGAAUACGAAUGUGACCUAUGAUGGCUUUUGCAUUAGUGUUUUUAAGGAGGUGCUCAAGAUUUUGGACUAUGAUCUACCUUACAAAUUUGUGGAGUUCAAUGGCACCUAUCGAGAUUUGGUUGAAAAUGUCGCUAACAAGACUUUUGGUGGAGCUGUUGGUGAUAUAACUAUACUAGCUGAACGUUGGAUGGGCGUGGAAUUCACACAACCAAUUACCGAGUCAGGCUUGUCGAUGGUAGUUCCUGUAAAGCCUGCUUCCAAAGCAUGGAUAUUUCUUGAGCCUUUCACUAUGGAAAUGUGGUUAGCCACAGGGGCCAUUUUGAUGUACACAAUGUUCAUUGUCUGGUUCUUGGAACAUCGAUCCAAUCCAGAAUUCAGUGGUCCAUGGAAGGAUCAACUAGGAAAUGUUCUUUGGUUCACCUUCUCUUCACUUUUCCUUGUUCAUAGGGAGAAGAUUCAAAGUAACUACACUCGAGUUGUGGUUGUCGUGUGGCUUUUUGUGGUGCUGAUCUUAACACAGAGUUUCACUGCCAGUCUCACUUCAAUGCUUACAAUCUCCCGACUACAACCAAACAUUAACCCCAUGAGCAAAGUUGGUUGUGAUGCAAAUGCAUUUAUGAGUACAUAUGUGCAGGAUGUGCUUAAAUAUAAAUCAGAAAAUGUUAAGCUCAUUAGGGACCAAGACGAAUAUCUCAAGGCAUUCAAAAAUGGAAGUAUCUCGGCAGCCUUUCUCGAGAUCCCUUAUGCCAAAGUUUUCACCAACAAUUAUUGCAUGAAAUACACCGUCAUUGGAUCCACUUAUAGAUUUGGAGGAUUUGGAUUUGUGUUUCAAGAAGGUUCUCCAAUAGCUGAUGAUGUCUCUAAAGCCAUUCUACAAUUGUCGGAAAAUGGUUCCCUCAAAAGAUUGGAAGAGGAGUGGUUAACUCCAUCAUCAGAGUGCUUAGACUCCCAGAAUACCAAGAACGUUGAUAGCUUGGGCUUAGAAAGCUUCUGGGGCCUAUUCCUCUUCUCCAUUGUCACAUCCUGCAUUUGUUUUCUAAUAUUCGUUGCUCAUCUACUAAGGAAUUAUAGACACCAUCAAUCAAGAAUAGGUGACAUCCAUGGAAGUGACGAGAGUGUUUGGAAUAAGACACGUAAACUUGCACGAUACUUGAGUGAUGCAGAGAUUAAAAGUCAAAGGAAAGAUCCAAUGACUGGUCAAGAAGUAACUGGAAAUUGAAAUUCUUGAAACACUUGACUAUAUUUAAGACUGGGUUUAUGUAUAUAGGCUAAGGGCAAUGGAUUUUGUAAGGACUUUGUCUCUUGUUUCAUAUGUGUCAUGCUAUUUCAUAUGUCACUCCAAUAUAUAAUGAUAUCGUCAAAAAUGUCAUAUAUUAUUGGGCAAAUUUUGUAAAUAGUCCCUGUAAUUUACACGUUAUAUCAUUUUGAUUCCUUUAAUUUUAAUUUGUUCGAUUUUGACA